AUGCCCCAGUACACGUCUCGUGACGUUGGCGACCCGUCGCAGAUCAAGAAAACUAGGCAGUCGAUGGCCGACUUGAAGUUGAGGCGAUUGACGGAGCUGAACAACCGCUUGAGGGAGGAUCUCGACCGUGAGCGCAUCCCUGUCAGCACUGCCGCGAAGAGCAUCAUUGCAUACUGCAACGGCACGAGAGAUUACAUGGUGCCUUCGACUUGGGGUGCUGUCCCCAAGGGCGAGGACCCCUACGCUCCACAACAAUCCGGUGGCUGCUGUGUCGUCAUGUGA